AGUUGGCGGUUUCGAACUGUUGACCUCGCAGUUAGCCCAACGCUUAACCACUACGCCACCAGAGCUCCGUGUGCCAUGUAGCUGUUUCUUAAGAGCGCCUCAUGCUUGAGGCAGACAUCUUCUCGGAGUUAAAUCACUUCUGCCUGGUCUGAAGAAGACUUAGUAGUUUUAGUUUCAGGUUAAAAGAUUCAUCUCAGGGCAAUAGUCCUUGCGGUUUGUCCAGGAUCGAUGGCUCUAGAAAGUCUGGAUUCCAGGAGAUUCUGGCAUUCUGUGCCGUGUUUCCCUGCUGUGGUCAGAACCGAAUGGGUCAGUGAUGGUAGUCGGUCAUCCAGUUCUUCGGGUCUCCUGGCACAGGGGGCAAAUAUUGGUCUUGGAAGUGAGAAGUCACACAGUACACAUCGUCCUAUUUCCAACUCUCCUCCGGCUUACGCCAGCAAGUUGACAUCAAUUGUUGUACCUUACAUGGCUGCUUACAAGAUAAGGUCGUGGCCACCAUGCAAGGAACUAGGACGUCGUUUUGAGGGUUCAUCCAGCCUCCGUAGCUCCGGGAAGUCUGGAUGCCACUAGAAUUUAAAAUUCUGUUGUACACUCCCCCCCCUUUGAUGAGGAGCCCUCUUUGGAAGGGGUGGCUCUUUUAUAAGGGGGGGCUACUGGGGGAGCACUUAAAGGUCGCUAUGCAGGUCCACAGGCUCCUUGUGUCCCCCCGCCCCUUCCAGGUCCUGGUGCCCGAGGAUGAGCGCCCCAGGACACCCGCGAGUGACCUCAUCGAGAUCCAGGUGGUCAGAGUGAUGGACACCACACUGGUCCCCGAGCCCCCGGAGCCGGGUUCCCUCCACUGUGCCUUGUGCCCAGCUGCCUUCCGGCUCGUCUCGGAGCUGCUGUUCCACGAACAUGGCCACUUGGCUGGGGCUGAGGGUGGUGGGCAGGGGCCGAACCCCAGCCGCUGUCACGUGUGUGGCCACAGGUGCGCGGGGCCGGCCAGCCUGCGGGCCCACUACAGCCUGCACACCGGGGAACGGCCGUACCGCUGUCCGCUGUGCCCACACGCCUUCAAGGCCCUGGCGCCCCUCCUGCGGCACCAGCUGCAGCACCGGGUGGACACGGGGGAGCGGGGGCCGAGGCCCGGGCUGGCCCAGGAGAGGGCGGCGGCCUCGGCAGGUGCAGCCGUGGGGAAGCGGUUCGCAUGCAGGUUCUGCGCCAAGCCCUUCCGCCGGUCCUCGGACAUGCGCGACCACGAGCGGGUGCACACGGGCGAGCGGCCCUACCACUGCGGCGUGUGCGGCAAGGGCUUCACGCAGUCGUCCGUGCUGAGCGGCCACGCGCGCAUCCACACGGGCGAGCGCCCCUUCCGCUGCGCGCUCUGCGACCGCACCUUCAACAACUCCUCCAACUUUCGCAAGCACCAGCGCACACACGGCCACGGGCCCGGGGUCUCCGGGGGGCCGCUGGCCGAGCGCUCAGGCCGUGCGUGUGGGCCAGGGGACACCGUGGAAGAGGGUCGCGGGGGCAAGGCGAUGGUGAAAGUGGAGGUCAGGCCGUAG